AUGGCAAAAGAUGACCAGAGGUUGAUGAGAGACUGGAGGGACAGCUUUGGUAAACCGGUCCGUCAACUGACCAUUCGAAAUCAAAGUACCAAGGACAAUGUAGGUACACUUCCAUUGUUCGCAUACACAACACCAGAUCAGCCUCCAAGACCAUUAGAUUUUUCCACCACAGACGACCUCACAGCUAGAGAAACAGUGGUCACAGCGAUUGUGCAGGAAGCUGUCAGAGGAGCCAUUUUACUUGAGGCCAACAGUGUUGUGGUCGUCAAGCGCGACCACAUACGUGGAUACCCGAACAGGGGACCCUUCUUUGUUGGAAUUGUCAUAGCUGAUGUCACCGACAAGGAAGAGAAUUCUUUU